CUCGCUGUCUCUCUCAUACACACACUCACACACAUACAUUUAGACGCUCUCACACACACACCCAUUUGUGACGCUCGGUCCUCCUUUUUAACCCGCAAGGUGAGGGUGUGGGAGAAACAAUGAAUAAGGAGUUUGUCUAAAGCACUCGGGAUCGAUCUCAUCCGUAUUAUCGCUCGUCAAGGAGGUCCAGAACGCACAGCUGUUUCAGCGGAUUUAUUUUCCGAGAGUUUCCCACCGGCGGCCGGUAACAGAAACAGAGCUCAGGUGAUCAGGAAAUAUCGUGUUCAUCCGGCCAUGGCCCGGCGAAUUUCACCUGUUGUCGCGUUCCUGCUUUGUUUUGGAUUGUCGCAUUUCUUUGAGGCUGAAGCCAGAUUGCAGCACUCUGUGGCCCUCCACAGGCAGAAGAGAGAAUGGAUCGUCCCUCCACAGAUCCUAGAGGAAAACGUAGAUUACACCAAGAAAGACUUCAUUGCAAAAAUUCGCUCAGAUAAGGAAGUUGCCCAAAUGAAAAAUCUGAGGUACUCACUGAGAGGCGUAGGUGCAGAUCAGGAGCCGUUCAAUUUGUUUGUGGUGAAUCCUGAAACUGGAUAUGUAAGAAUAACAGGGAUCCUUGACAGAGAGUCCAUCUCACAGUACAAUCUUUCAGGCAUCGCUUUGUUCACAGAUGGCUCAAUUGCAGAGAAUGACAUCGGGCUGAGAAUUAAAGUGAAAGACCAGAAUGACAAUGCUCCUGUUUUUGGUGUGAUGAAUCCUGGGGCUGUGGAUGAGCUCAGUGCUGUUGGCACAGAAGUGAUGAGGUUGAAUUGCUUUGAUGCUGAUGAGCCAGGAAACCCAAACUCUCAGAUCAAGUAUGAGAUUGUUGACCAGCAGCCGGCAGGGCAGUCAAUGUUCAGGGUGGAAAACAACGGGAGAGUGGUUGUUGCCAAUCCUAACCUGGAUAGAGAGACUGUUGAUCAGUACGUCCUGCUUGUCAAAGCAUCUGACCUGAAUGGAGCCCCAGGUGGCAAUGCCGCAACAGGGACGGUCACCAUCAAGAUCAAUGAUGUCAAUGAUAACGUGCCUACAUUGGGAGGCCCAUAUGAGGCCAGUAUUGAAGAGAAUACAGAGAAUGUCGAGGUGAUGAGGCUCAAAGUUAGUGACCUAGAUCUUAAGGGUACGGACAACUGGGAAGGUGAUUGUUAUAUUGCGUCAGGCAAUGAGGCUGGAUACUUCAGCAUUCACAUGGACCCAAAGACUAAUGAAGUGGUCCUGACGCUAGACAAGGCGGUUGAUUAUGAAGAUGUCAAAGAUCUGAACCUUGGCAUCGGUGUAGCCAACAAAGCCCCCUUUCACCCAUCUGUGAGUGGAGGAUCACAAGGAGCGACUAUCAGCUUUGGGGGCAGUGGUGGUGGUGCAGGAAGUGGAGCUGCUGGUGGAGCUGGAGCCAUGGGUGGCGCCAGUGGCAGCGGAGGUGGUACAGGUGCCAGUUCAUGGUCAUCGUCAGGCGUUCCGCUCUACAAUGUAAACAUAAAGGUGAAAAACCAGCCAGAAGGUCCCAAGUUCUUUCCAGGAACAAAAGCCAUUCCCAUCUCAGAAGGCAAGGCUUUUGACAGCACUGAGAUCAUUGCUCGAUACCCCGCUAUUGAUACAGACACAGGAAAGGAAGCAACCAACGUCAAGUACAUUAAAUCGUCUGACCCUGAUAACUGGCUGACCAUCGACGAGAAGACUGGGGCCAUUAGAAUGAACAAGGCUCCUGACCGCGAGUCCAAGUAUCUUGUUAAUGGCACUUAUUAUGCCAAAGUCCUCAGCAUAACCCAAGACUUGCCUUCGAAGACUGCAACAGGCACCAUUGCCAUUCAGGUGGAGGAUUUUAAUGACCACUGCCCCACUUUGAUAAGCAAUGUCCAGACACUUUGCACUGACAAGGAUGCGGUCUUGGUUACUGCAAAAGAUGAGGAUGCACCACCCAAUGGAGCUCCAUUCGAUUUCAAUAUUGUUUCAGAAGGGACUGCGGGGAAAUGGACAGUUGAAUAUAUGAAUGACACCACAGCCAUAUUCAGGACCCAUGAAAAGCUAUGGCCAGGACCACAUGAGCUGAUGGUGGAAGUCACGGAUCAGCAGGGAUUGAAAUGUCCAGAACCUCAGAAACUGCAGGUGGAUGUGUGCACAUGUAAAAACCAGGGUGGAUGUGAUCGAACCGCAACAGGAGAUGCGAAGAAGGGGUCCAGGCUUGGACCUGCAGGAAUCGGCCUGCUCCUCCUUGGACUUCUUGCAUUAUUGCUCAUCCCACUUCUGUUGCUGCUCUGUACGUGUGGAAUGACAGGAGCUUUCACAGACAUGCCGUUUGAAACCAAAGUGCAUCUCAUCUCUUCCAAUACUGAAGGCCAAGGAGAGGAUAGGGAUGUUCCAUUAAUGUGCCCUCCUUCCAAUGUUGACGGGAUGGGUUUCAUGACAAAGGAUUAUAUGGCUGUGGGUGCCAUGCAUUCUGCAGGACUAGGAUUAGGAGUAGGAGCAGGAGUAGGAGCUGCGGGUUUCCUGGAGUCCACUUCCACAAUGGGUGGCCGAGGCUACAAUGAAAUGGAAUUAGACUACAUGAACUCCAUCGGGAGAAAUAAUGCCUAUUCGAGUAGAGAUAUGGCUGGAGAUUUUGACGGAAUGGCAUUAUCUGAUGGAUACCUGUGUGAAUACUAUUCACAGAAAAGCCGUGUAGUGGACGGAUUUGGAAAGGAUGACCCUAUGGUGUAUGAUUAUGAAGGGAAGGGUUCUCCUGUUGGUUCAGUUGGCUGCUGCAGCUUACUCGAAGAUCAAAAUGACCUAGAGUUUCUGAAUGACCUUGGGCCAAAGUUCACCACUCUCGCUGACAUUUGUGGAGGUAAAAAGACUGAAAUCCCAGCUCCUGCACCAGCUCCUCUUCCUCCCCCUCCCAAACCUGUAGUGGACCGCUCCGAGGUGGUGUCUUCAACCACCAACAUCUUAAAUACAGGGAAUAUUGCCACUAACAGAGUUAACACAGUAAACGUAGCUUCCAACAUGGCCACAGCAUCAUCUACUCGUGUGGAGAACGUGCUGGUUACAGACAACCGCCCCACUAUGAUUACGAGUGUCCAGCCAGCUCCAACUCUUCUGGUGCAACCGCAGCCAAUGUACUACAUGGUCGAGCAGCAGCCAAGCACAGUACUGGUCGCAGAAAGACCUGCCAUGACACAGGGCAUGUAUGUUUUGAACAGUGGCCCAGUUGCUGAGGGCAUGGUAGUGCAGGGCGGCAAUAUAGCAGCAAAUACCCUGACGAGAGGUGAGAGAAUGGUGCUUGUGGACCGUGGCGGACCUGCUCAAGCGCUCAACAAUGGGAUGCUGCACACAAGUAAUCUGUCUGGAUCACAAUUGCUCCUGGUGGAUGGAGGUGCCACGAGCGGUCAAGUCCUUCAGGGGACUAUUCAAAGAGGGGUUGCUGGAUCUCAGGGCCUGAUGUUUGUGGACGGACAAGGGGGGCAGGUGAUUCAGGGAUCAAUCAACAAUGGUAUUUCCACUCAUGGCGGAUCUCAAAAUGUCUUUUAUGUGGAGAAUAAAGGGGGAUCGAGUGUUGUCCAGGGGGGGCUUCAAAUGGGCAAGGCAUCCACCGCAGGAUCCCUUAUUGGUGAUGUUGGCAUUGGUGGGUCAUCUGUCAAGAUUACCCAAAAUCCUUCAUCGCAUAAAGUCGUUGUCCAGGAGAGGAAGGUUGUGACAACACAAAGCGUCAAGUAACAAUGCAACACUCAGGCGGCACAUGAACAGUUGUGAAAAUGUCUAGGGUUUUAAAAAUCAAGUCUUGCGCAGCUCCUGAAUGCAAAUCAGUAGAGUAUCAUGUUGUCAACAUGUUGGGUCAUAGAGUGUACGCAAAUGAAUUCUUGAAAAACUGGUUUUAAUGCCCUUGAGUUUACUUCUCUGUAUGCGUAGUGCACUGUUUGCGUAUUUUUUUAUUACUUUGUUUUUGUUAUUUUUUUUGCAUGUUUUGCUGGUUGUCUGUUGCUGUAUGAAUGCAUUGAGUGUGUUUUAUUCUGUAAAGGAGGGUUUAUGAUA